UUGUGUUCUGUCGGGCUACGCGGCUCGGCCGGCGCGGAACCGGCGUUCCCUCCUCCCCUGCGGUGGACGGUGGCGCGGACCCAGCGCCCGCAGACGUCGGCAGAAUGAGUCUGCAGUUCUUCAACGACGAAAAUAUCGCCAGUGAAAAAAAUGCAGAAAAUUGUGACUUCCUGUUUUCACCACCAGAACUUACCGGAAGAUCAUCUGUUCUUCGUCUGUCGCAGAAAGAAAAUGUGCCACCCAGGAACCAAGCAAAAGCUUCAAAGGUGACUUUCCAGACACCUCUGCGGGAUCCACAGACACACAGGAUCUUAAGUCCUAGCAUGUCCAGCAAACAUGAGGCUCUUUUUCCUCUGGAUAACAGUGUUGGGUUAGAAAACUACUGUUUCUGGACACAGAAAGACAACCAACAGUUCACCACGGAAGUAGAUGCCAGAGCUACCAAUGGAUUUCUCGAGAAAGAAGCAGUGGCCAAUGCUGACUCUCCUCCAAGGGACACAAGCUCAGCUUUUGGAGAGGAUGGUUCCCAGGAGCCUGGCUCAGCCCCCGUGGCUGAUACAAGUUCCUCAGGCUCUUCCCAGAACCCGGGAAGUCCUAAAAUCUGCACGACCUCACCCAAAAUGUCUGGCAGCCCUAGGCAAGCCUUCAAGGGAAAUGCUAGCUCUUAUUCAUUAGAUGAAAGCUUACCGUCUACUUCAGAGAUCCUAGAAGACACCCCUGGAGAGACAGCUUUGGAACCCAAGGCAGAGACCCCUCCCGGAGCCUCAGAAGAAAGCACCCACUGUGCUGUCUCGGUCAUGGCUGCUUCACCUGGCACAAGCUCUGAAGACCUGCAUGGAGGAGCACCCCCCAGAGACCCAACUAGUGAGGUCCUAGCCUGUCCCGAGGCUGUGGGCACCCCUGAGCUAACAGCUCAGGCCUCAUCCCCACCUCAAGUGUGCUUAUCUGGUUCUGAGAACUCAGCCCCAGCCAGCCUUCUGCCACCUAUGGAGGCCAAAAAUCCAAGCCUUAGGGAAGAAGAAGCCACCAGCCAACUGGAUGUUCCUUCAGGGUGUAACUCCUUGAGGCUAGAAUUUGACUUCUCAGAUGGUACCAGCACUAAAAGCAUUCCUCCUCCACUAAGGAGAUUAGCCAAAAGACCUGGCCUCCAGCCUCCCGUGAGGUCAGAGGCUAGGCAGGAGCUAGUCCCCAAGGAGCCAGAAGAGAAACCUGGAAUGAGCAUGGAGGAGGACAGCCCCAGGCCUGCUUCCUGGAGCUCUACCCACAUUGACUGGGACCAGCUGGAUGACCCAAAUUCCUGUCUGCACGGUGGUGACUCCAAAUCUGGUUGCCAACAGGCCCAGCCCCCAGAAAGCCCCAAGAUGACAUCAGUGCAUCCAGCGGUCCAGCCACUGAGCCCAGGGCCUCUGGCUCCUGAGAACUCACCGCCAAGCCAGCAGCUGCAUUCAGCCCACGAAGAUGACCCCCCUGUGCCGCAGGUGGCACCUGAGGCGCCGAGAGCAGAAGGCAAGGAGGGAAUCCUGACUUCCUCAAGCACUUUGGUUCCCACAAGCCACGUGGACAGUGAGCUGAUUGCCCAUCCUGCCGAGCCAGUACCUGGGUCUCCUCAGCAGGAGCUGAAGGAUGAGAGCUUCAGAGACCCAGCUGAGGUUCUAGGCACCUGUGCCGAGGUGGAUUAUCUGGAGCAGUUUGGAACUAACUCGUUUAAGGAGUCAGCUUGGAGGAAACAGUCUUUGUACCUGAAGUUUGACCCACUCCUGAAAGACAGCCCUCUUCGGCCAUUGUCCGUGGUCCGGGAAAUAAACAGCCCGCAGGAUGCAGACAGGCCCGCCUCCAGAAACCCACUGGAAGCCAAGCUUGUGGAGUUGGACUUUUUGGGCGCUCUGGAUGUUCCUCAGGUUCCUGGCCCGUCCCCUCGUGGCCUUGGCCUUGGAGAGCCGUCCACUGGGCCCAUCGUGGAGGUGCUGCAGUACAGCCAGAGGGACCUGGAUGCGGCGGUGAGCGCGAUUCACCAGGAGAACCUGGAGCUGAAAAGCAAGUGCGAGGAGCUCCACGUGAAGUACCUGGAGAUGGGGAAGAUCGUGGACGGGUUUGAAGCGAUCGUGCACCACUCAAUGGAGGAGACCCAGAAACAGAAGGACCUUGCCCAAGACAAAAUCCAGAAGGUUCUUAAGGAGAGAGACCAGCUUACUGCAGACCUGAACUCCAUGGAGAAGUCAUUCUCCGACCUCUUCAAGCGAUUUGAGAAGCAGAAGGAGGUGAUUGAAGGCUACCGCAAGAAUGAAGACUCCCUAAAGAAGUGUGUGGAAGAGUACAUAGCGAGGAUUGAGAAGGAGGGCCAGCGGUACCGGGUGCUAAAGGUCCACGCAGAGGAGAAGCUCAAACUAGCAAAUGAGGAGAUCACGCAGGUCCGAAGCAAGGCCCAAGCAGAGGCCUUGGCCUUCCAAGCCAGCCUGAGGAAGGCACAGAUGCAGAUUCAGUCUCUGGAGAAGACUGUGGAGCAGAAGACUAAAGAAAACGAGGAGCUAUCCAAGAUCUGUGAUGACCUCAUCUCCAAGAUGGAAAAGAUCUGAGCACAGCCAGCCCUCCCGUCUCUCCGUCCACCUGUCCAGUCUUCUCUCUCAUCUCCAAGAGGGUCAAGAUCUGAGCUCAGACAGCCCUCUCCUGUCUGUCCGUCCAUCUGUCCAUUCUCCUGUCUCAUCUCCAAGAUGGACAAGGUCUGACCACAGUCUGCCUUCCCCUCUGUGCACUUGUCUGUUCUACGUCUGUCUGACUUGUCUUAGUUUUGAGUUCUUGUUACCUCAACUUACUUUUAAACUAGAUUGAUUUUUAAAAGAAGUCUAAAUAAAGUUUCUCUACAUUCAAACUGAA